AUGCCUAAUGUUGGCGGUCCGGCUCAGGCUAAACGAGCCCUGCUCGUAACAAUCAGUAAACUUCUAUAUGCAUCGCCUACGUGGGCAUUAAUCAGCAUCAAGACCGCUAAAAACAGAAAAUCUAUGGCCAGGGUACAAAGAGCCACGGCUCUCCGGACGAUCGGGGCCUACCACACGGUUUCAGCCGAAGCGUCGUUUGUUCUUGCCUGCAUGCUGCCAGCCGAUCUACUGUCCUACAAACAAGCAAGACUGAAAUCGCGGCUAGAAGAGGCCGUCGAUCCGACGACAACAAUCGCCAAGAUAAAAUCUGAGGAGAGAAACAUCUCAAUCAACUCAUGGCAAUCCACAUGGGACCGGUCGCAAGACGGCAGAUGGACACAUCGAUUCUUUCUGAAUAAUGCUCGGUGGCUGGCCAAACCCACUAUCAGCCUCUCGUUCCACGUCAUUCAAGCUCUCUCCGGACACGGCUGCUUCCGAAGCUAUCUGUCGAGGAUGAAGAGAGCCGAAGACAGCUACUGCGGCUACUUCAUGGACCCCGACGAUACAGCCGAACAUACUUUGUUUUUACCUU